AUGAGCCAAGCUAUGAAGAGAGGCCAUCCAAGUCCCUACAACUUUGAUGGAGCAGCUCUGAAGUGUAUUUUGGAUGACAACGUAGAAGGCAGAACGACAAACCAAUUUACCUUGAACGCUGAUUUGUGUCUUGACGGACGUCGCAAUUCUUUUUCAAGCAUCGGGCCGCUGCAGCUGCAUACGACAAUUAGUGCUAUGUCUGAAGCAACAGGGCACCAGUAUGCAACCGCAGAAACGGACGACGAACUCUCAUUCUACGAUGAUGACGAUGAUGACGAUGAUGACUACGACGAAAAUGUGUACUCAGUGUGUUCCGAUCGCACAAAACCGAUGAGACAAGUAAUCAAACCACUCGAUGUCGAAUCGAGUCACGGGUUUGUCUUUCGAGGAGCUGUGGAAACUUGGGAGGCCUUCCAAAAGGGAAACUUUGUCGUGUCAACGUGCUUGGACUGUGGAGAAAAGAUGAUCUGCGUCGAGGAUGCAGCUUAUGUCGUUUGUUCUCAUUGCAGGCUAGUGAAUCCUGUCACAUCGCACUCAAGCAAACCGCAAUACGGCAUUGGCAUGGGCUUCAAACCGAAAUGGUGCCUCUCGCUGCUGAAGCAAAACUCUGGGCCGACGAGGUAA